AUGGCAGCAGCGAGGAUUGGCUCUACCAAGGGACGGUUUGUUAACGAGAGGCAAUUGUUUCAUGGAACUAACCCUGAAAUCGUAGAAGCUAUCUGUAAACAGAACUUUGACUGGCGUCUUCAUGGGAAGAACGCAACUGUUUACGGAGAAGGAAGCUAUUUUGCAUUAAACUCCUCGUACAGCGAUAGUUACGCCAAGGAAGAUUCCAAAGGGUCUAAGUUCAUGUUCGUGGCCAAGGUCCUCGUUGGGUCUUACACUAAGGGCCAAUCCAGUUAUCGAAGGCCACCGUCAAAGGAGCCCUCGAACCCCGCAAGUGAUCUGUACGAUUCCUGUGUUGAUGACCAGUCAUCUCCAAACAUUUUCGUCGUUUUUGAUACUGAUCAGUUCUAUCCGGAGUACAUAAUCGAGUACACUACUGCUCGAGGCGGUCAUCAGCAGCCUGCGGGACCCGCGAGACCUACAAGACCUGUGGCAAGAGCACCAGCUCCAACGCCUAGACGCUCACCAGCAGCAAAGGUAGUGGCAACUAAAGCGCAUUACAAAGUUAGCAGCCCAUCCAUUAGCCCAUCCACCAGUUACCAGACGAGCACAACCUCGAGUGUGCGUUCGCGUGUUCAAGCACCUGGUACAGGCGGAUACACUUCCAUAUCCAGCGCAACAUCUGCAAAUUAUUAUCAUUCACCCGUAGCAGGAGUGAGCCCAUAUACCAGCGCAUCAAUCCAAAAUCAGUCUCCUCCCACGGCUGCUACUUCUACUUCAUAUGCGUACUCUGGCGGGUCAAGCAAUCAU